AUGGGAAGUACCGGAAGUACUAUGAUCGAUGCCACUGGCAUUCCACUGAAUCUUGAUAAGAAUGCAACUAGUGAAACUAUUCGAGAUUUGAUCCUGACUUUAGGGCACGCUCAAGAAAUAGGUGAUAUAAACUCAGCAAUCGAAUCAUCUCUGUCGACUAAGGCAGUGGAUGUUGGUGGAUUUUUUUCUUAUAUAUCAAUAUUCUCUAACGGAAAUGACGAUAAUAAUGAUAAUGGUGACGAUGAUGGUGGUGAAGAUGAUGCUAGUGAUGAUGAUGAUAACAAUGAUGCUAACAAUGAAAUAACAACAUCCAGAAAUUAUCUGCAAGAAUGGACACCACUGUACAGCCCAUCAUUGUCCAUAUUUGCAACACUGUCAUCCGGAAAUUUUUUGUCCGAAAACGAAGUAGCACAAAUAUUCUCACGAUAUGGAAAUAUAAAAGAAGUAAAAUGGAUUCGAAUAAGCGACAAUAACGGUUACAUCAUUUUGUUCAGUAACGAAACUGAAAAAGAGAAAGCCAUUAAGGUACACAAAUGCAGAAUUGCUGACUUCAAGUUUGACUAA